CAUAUUGCUAUUUCCUUGCAGCAUCAUGAUGCCUCUUCUUGUUGCCUCUCCUCUGCCAUUAUCAAGCAUCCAUCAUGCUAAAAUCUCCUCAGAUUCGGCAAAGCUCGGUGGCGCCGAUGCCGGUAGCCCGGCUGAGCCCAGUGGGAAGGGAACAACCUUUGCUCCUAUUGAUGAGUUUGAUAUGAUUGAGCCCUUGAGCAAAUGGUUAGAUGGUUAUGCUGAUGAUGACAGUAAGAUGGAGUUUCUAAGGUCACAGAUCAUUGGAGCUGAGGCUGAGUUCGACUCCCCUUUUGGUCGACGCCGCAUCACAUACUCGGAUCACACAGCUUCAGGGAGGUUCCUGCGGUUUGUGGAGGAAUUUCUACUGCAAGAUGUCCUUCCAUUCUAUGGGAACACUCACACUGUGGAUAGCUAUGUGGGCCUCCACACCAGCAAGUUGGUCCACCAAGCCUCCCAAUACAUCAAGCACUGCAUGGGAGCCGGCCCGCAUGACAUCCUCCUCUUCUGUGGCACCGGCUGUACCGCGGCGAUCAAACGGCUGCAAGAGGUGAUGGGGAUCACUGUCCCAUCCAUCCUCCGUCCAGUGGUCCUCAACCACCUCCCGCCUUCCGAUCGGUGGGUCAUAUUCAUAGGCCCAUAUGAGCACCAUUCCAACCUGCUGUCAUGGCGCCAGACCCUAGCCGAAGUGGUCGAGAUCGGGCUCGAUGAGUCGGGGCACAUCGACCUUGCAGCCCUCGAGGCCGCCCUUGAGUCCCCAGAGUACUCCGGAAGACCCAAGCUUGGUUCUUUCUCGGCCUGCAGCAAUGUCACCGGAGUGCUGUCCGACACAAGUGGAAUCGCACAUAUGCUCCAUCGGCAUGGUGCCUAUGCAUGCUUCGACUUCGCAUGCAGCGCGCCAUACGUGAACAUCGAGAUGAGAUCUGGCGAGGUGGACGGCUACGAUGCCGUGUUUCUCAGCCCACACAAGUUCAUCGGUGGACCUGGGAGCCCCGGCAUCCUUCUGAUGAAUGAGGGCCUCUACCGGAUCAAAGGCACCCCUCCCUCCACCAGCGGCGGAGGCACCGUUCUAUACGUCAGCGGCCACGAUGUAAAGGACACCGUGUAUUGCGAGAACGCGGAGGAACGGGAAGAUGCCGGUACGCCGGGGAUCGUCCAGAAGAUUCGUGCCGCGCUCGCGUUCUGCGUGAAGGAGUGGGUCGGACACGUAGCGAUCCGCGAGAGGGAAGCUCUUUUUGCGCGACGAGCCAUGGAGCGGAUCCGGGAGAACCCGAAGGUGCGGGUGCUGGGGCACGUGUGCGAGGAGGAGCGGCAGCCGAUCAUGUCGUUCCUCGUGUACCCGGACGGGAUGCGUGGCAAGCACCUACACUGCAGUUUCGUGACCAAGCUGUUGAACGAUCUGUUCGGGAUCCAGGGACGCGGCGGUUGCGCGUGCGCCGGGCCCUACGGUCACGUGCUUCUCGGGAUCGACCGGGCCCGGUCCAAAGCCAUCAAGACCGCGGUCGAGAGAGGAUAUGAAGGGGCGAGGCCGGGGUGGACCCGGGUUAGUUUUGCAUACUAUACCUCAUGGAAGGAGAUGGAGUUCGUGGUGGAUGCAAUAGAGUUUGUGGCGGAGUACGGUCAUCGAUUUCUUCCUCUAUAUGGCUUUGAUUGGAAAACUGGUCAUUGGGAAUAUGUAGGUGCUGGACUUGUCUUUCCCAUAACAAAUGGAGGCGGCAACGGUGGCGAGAGUUACGAAGAUUAUAUUGCCAGUGCUAGAUGUGUCGUCAACUCUAUACCAAAUCUCUCGGUAGAGAGAAAUAUUCCAAAAUGCAUUGACCCUCAAUUAGUGAACUUUAAGAUGUAAGUGGUUGGGAUCUUUCUUGGGAGCUUUGUGCUAUAUAAACCUCAUAUUUUAUUAUUUUCUGUAAAGGAGAUUAAUAUAUAAACUAUUACAGGACAAGGAUUUUAAUCGGGUUUUGCCUA